AUGUUGGGCAUUUCCACGUACAUAGGAACCAACGAAGCAGUACAGAAACUGAAUAGCGCCCACAACCAUGAGUUGGAGACGAAAGUCGCGGACGUCCACUCCACAUUCUGGGACGAAGAGGACGAUUUCUUGGCCGGCGCCGCUGAGGAAGCGGGAGCUGCGGCACUCGAGGGCGCGGGGGUUGAUUCCUUCUUUGUCUUGGGAGUCAUGGCCGCGGUUGUGGUGCGAUUCGAGCUUUGGAGAUGGUUUAGGGGAUCGGGUGUUGAAGAUGUCGUCUAG